AUGUCUUGCGGCGACCUCUCGAGCAUGCCGCCCGUAGCGCCUGUGCCCUAUCGACAUGGGAACGAUCUCCUUCCGGUGCAUUAUGAAACCGUGUCCAUACUUCUUGGUGAUCUUCCGCUCUCUGCGCUGUCACCUCGAGGGAAGGCGGUCCCAACGUCACCUGAGCGGAUGCUGCAGGGCGACAACACGUUGGCCCUGCCGGACGAGCCUGUUCCGGCCCUGCAAGCCGGGAUGGCGACAGGUCAAACCUCGGUGAACAAUCCCGCGACCCCGCGCGGUGUUAUGACGCAGCCGCCUGUGCCGCCGAGCACGGGCAGACAGAGAAACCCAUGGGUUGGGAAGAAACGAGGGUGUAGUCCUGAUCGGAGAACCCCAAAGAUUGCCAGGCUCGGAGACUCAGUGUCAGAAGACGUCAAGGGCUUGAAGGACGACUUGCAGUCCAUGCGAGAACAGCGGGUCGAGGAGCGCAACGCCGACCGAGACCGCGAAGAGGAGAGAUUUGCCACAAUCAGGACGGAAAUGGUGGGACCUUGCAAACCAGCUACGAAUCUAGCGACGCAAGCUAAGGUAGCGGAAAUCGGGGCCUUGACGGGCCCGGCGGUCCGAGAGAUUGUGAAGUCGGAGUGUUCAGAUACGAAGAGUCGGCUUGACUCAUUGAGCCGCGCUCAAGAGUCAUCGACCGGGGUGUUAGACGAGAGGCUGGCUCAGAUCGGCACAAGUGUGCAAGCUCUCGGGUCGGCCGUCGCCCGUCUAGAGCACGCUCUGGACUGCAGGGCGAAAGCAGCCUCACAGUUCGACGAGUGGAAGAGCAGCUUUGUGAAAGCGCCGUCGUCUCUUGGUGAGCAAGGCUAUCUUACACCUCACUGCCCAGCACCAAGCACCAUGGACCAAAAGACGUACGAGGCCGCGCUCAUUCGCGCGGCGGUAUAUUACUUCUCUCUGUUUCCACCAGAUGUAAGCGGUGUUUUCUAG